AUGGCUAUUACCCCAGGCGGCCAGAUGCCAUGCGCCUCAGUGUCCAUGCGGAGCACACACAAACGUGAACUUGUCCUGGAGUUUGACCUGGGRUGGGGAAGCUGUCAAGUAUCUGGAGUGAAUUUGCACCAAAGCAGCAGCUUCAGUUGCUGCAGUUCUCUUUUCAGUUCCACAAUAUUUCCCUUGCAAAAAAAUGCAGUAAUUUAUCUCAAAGUUCUAAGCAUUCAGCAAAAAAUGGCAAGGCAGAGUCACGAGAAACAUGCAUCUGAUUUCCAUGACAACUAUGGUAAUGCUGUAUUAACUAGUGGAGCCACUUUCUAUAUUACUGUAUGGACAUAUGAAACAACACAAAUUGGAAAAGAAUGGAUCUUGUCACCUGUUGGCAGAGUCACCCCAAAGGAAUGGAAACAUUAA